GCGUGGACGGCACCUCGCCCCUGCGGCUGCCCGAGGCAGAACAGUAUCCCCUCCACGUCAGCCUGGCCUUCGACAACGAGCUGACGGACGAGCAGAAGAAGGACUUGGAGAAAGAGUGGGGGGAGGAGCGCGAGGUCACUCUGCAAUUCUACAGGUUCACGAGCGGCGGCACCGGGGAGCUGUCGCUGAAGUGGGACCCAGUGGCCAGCUCGGAGAGCGUGCAGCGGUCUCGCGAAAACAGCUACUACAAGGACCGAGUCCUGGGGUACAUCCAGGAGGGCGAGCCCCUCACCCUCGACCUGCCUAACCGCAAGGCCAGCAUCUACACUUCCAGCCACUUCUGGCUGGACGAUUACCCAAAUGCCCCUGAACCCAUCAGCGAAGCUCCGCCCCCGACGCUCGGAGGCCGCCUGAGCGCAAGUGGCAUCCAAGGCGCCGAGUCGAUCAUUGCUGCCGGUAGCCUGGGCGCGGCCGCGGCCGUUCGCGGCCGCCGGGACGAAGUGCCACCGCCGCAAAUUAUCGGCAGGCCUUCUUGCGAGGUCGAGCCGCUGCUGGAGAGGGCGGGACAGCGGGCAGCGCAGGUGGAGCGCGCGGCCGCACAGGACAUCGAAGCUUUUGCUUCCCAGCAGCUGGCAGAGGCGGAAGCCUCGGAGGGCUUCGCGACUGCCGCGGAGGCAGCGGCGGGAGCGGCGGAAGCGGCCGCGGUGGCUGAGAGCGGAGGAGUUCUGGCAGCCUGGGCGAGGGAGCGCUGGCGACGGCGGGAACCGUGGGCGCGGCGACGGGGGGAUUGGCGGUGGCGGGAGCGG